AUUGUCAUACCAUCACAAGAUAGGUUAGGUACCUUCUUCGCAUCCAUUAUUUUAACCCAUCAGCCGCCCAUGAUUCACCGUGAUUAUUAUUGGGUGCAUGUACAAUUUUGUCAAAAUUUCGUCAGUAGUCAGUGGUGUAAUGCUUCCUUUAAAAUGCAUAGGUAAGGAAUAUUGUCGUUACCAUCAGUUUUUGCAUUUUCGUGAUGCAUCGAAGCAAAUAAUCAAUACAAAUGGGCUGAUUGCUUAAUUAUAGUUAGCAACAAAUUGAGAUGUGCAUAUCUCAGUUAACAAUGAACAGUUUCCAAGUCAAAAGUCCACAGCAAUCUGAAUAAAAUAGCAGAUUAAGUGCAAAGGGGAAAUGCUCAAUGAAGAAAACGUAUUUAAAUAAUUGAAAUUAUACACAAUGUAUUAUAUUGUAAAGUGUUUAGCAAAAUGGUUGUGAUCAGAACUGUGGAUAAUCGUUGGAUCAAGCGAUACCGAAUAUUCUUUGGAAUAGUGGGAAUAAUAGUAUUAGUGCAGUUGUAUCUAAGUUCAUUCAAGAUACUGGCAGACAGUGAUGGUAAGGAAAACAAAUGGAAUCCACAUAAAAUCUCUGGCCCAGAGGAUGCAGAGAAUAGUGUCAAUUCAGCAAGGAGAGGAAAGGAUUCUCUAGCUGUAGAUGAUGAAGAUGCAAGACAAGAUAAAGUUCAAAAGUCAUCCAAUAAACAGGGUACGAAGAGCUAUACAAAGCUACGCAUUGAAGAACUUGAUUUCAAGCCGAGCUGUGAAAUUACAACAAAGGAGGCUAUUUCAGCAAUACACAGAGCAAAAACGCAGAAAUGCAAACAAGAAAUAUCAAAUCUUACGUGCCUUAUACAGAAUGGUCUGUUCUAUCCCACUGUGUUGCCAAAUUACUGUCCCAAUGAUGAUCUGAUAGCUGGAAAGUCUCUAGGCUGUUUCAAGGAUGAAAAAAGCUUUAGGAUAUUAAGGGGUUACUAUGCUAAUUUCAAAAACAAUAAUUCCCCAGAGAAUUGUAUACGUUUGUGCCUUCAAUCAGGAUUUCCCUAUGCUGGAGUACAAUAUUCCACUGAAUGUUUCUGUGGGAUUGAUGAACCACCUUCUGUUGCGAGACUACCAGAUUCAUCAUGUAAUAUGAAAUGUCCAGCAAACCAUCAUUUGGCGUGUGGCGGAUAUUUCACAAUUAACGUUUAUCAGACUGGUAUUAAAAAAUUUUAUCCACAAGUUGCAACAAUAGUUAGCACAGAUCCAAAACCUGUGAAGAUAGUUUUCCUUUUGACCUUGAACGGUAGGGCGUUGAGGCAGGUGAAGAGAUUAAUUAAGACUUUGUAUAAUGUAAACCAUUAUUUUUACAUUCACGUUGAUGUGAGGCAGGAUUAUUUGUUCAGGGAGUUAUUAAGUCUGGAGAAGCAAUUUCCAAAUAUAAGACUGACGAGGAAGAGGUACGCGACGAUUUGGGGCGGAGCCUCGUUGCUGAAGAUGUUGCUGUCCUGCAUGAAGGAAUUAUUGCAUUUGGAUUGGAAGUGGGAUUUCGUUUUGAACUUGAGCGAAUCCGAUUAUCCGGUGAAGACGGUCAACAGACUUGUGGAGUUUUUGGGAGCGAAUAUGAAUAGGAAUUUUGUGAAGUCGCACGGCAGGGAGGUACAAAGGUUCAUACAGAAACAGGGUCUAGAUAAAACAUUCAUAGAGUGCGACACGCACAUGUGGAGGACGGGGGAUAGGCAGUUGCCAUGGGGAAUUCAGAUCGAUGGUGGAAGCGAUUGGAUAGCGCUGUCCAGGAAGUUCGUGAAUUACGUGGCUUCCGAUUACCCGGACCAAUUGGUUGAAGGGCUUCUGGUCUUCUUCAAAUACACCCUUCUUCCAGCCGAAUCCUUCUUCCACACGGUUCUGAGGAAUUCCAAGUUUUGCGGCACGUACGUAGACAACAAUCUGCACGUGACCAAUUGGAAGCGGAGACUCGGAUGCAAGUGCCAAUAUAAGCACGUCGUCGAUUGGUGCGGUUGCAGCCCCAACGAUUUCAAACCCGAGGAUUGGCUGCGGAUACAGAACACGCAAACCCGUCAGCUGUUUUUCGCCCGCAAAUUCGAACCGAUCAUCAACCAGGCAGUCGUCGUGCAGCUGGAGGAAUGGCUGUACAGUUACGACUUUAGCAAAUCCAUACUAAACAUCAACUCCUACUGGCACAGUAUUUACAACGCUUUAGAUUUAGGACAGAACGUCGACGAUUCAGUAAUAAGUAUAAGCAAUAGUGCCAUACGUUCAAAAUUCAGGUCUCUGAAAUGCAAUAAUGAUCUAAUCAAAAUUAAAGAGAUACACACGUUUCAUGUUAGCGAUUCCUAUAACCGGACGCUGGUGUUAUUUGAAGCGACGUCUUUGAAUUCCUCGGUGGUUUCCACGUACGAGCUGGGGUUUAGGCCGAGGAAAAGAUUGGUCGUGAAAAAGUCGCCGGAGUUUCCAUAUCGACUGGAAAAUCUGGUUGUAAGCAGCGAAUAUGACCAGAAGGAGCAGAUCUCGAGGAAUUUUGGAAAAAUGCUGGGUCCCUAUUCGGAGCCGACGUUGAUCUACCAUUUCAGUUCGGUUUCAAGUCCGGAACCAACGAAGGUAGCGAACAUCUCUUUCCUCUGGAUAGACCCGGGCGCAAGGUUAAUAGAAAUCUCCGAGGUCAGCAUCGAAGAUGGUUAUACCAUUGGCCAUAUUAAACCGAAUUUAAAGCAACCGUUGUUGCCGGGAUCUUGGACCUUAAAGAUGAUCCACAAAUCGAGUAUACUUGCGGAAGUAAAGUUCCUCGUGACACCAUUAUCGCACAUCUCCAACAAUUUGGUGUCGCAGAGCCAAGUGAGUUUUAUACACGGCGGUUCGGAACUGUUCAAAGAGUACGACGGGACUCUCGAUAAAUUCCUUCCGGGCAAUAAUCAGCGGGAAUCUCUGGAGAUGCUGAGCAUUUCAAAUUCGAAGCGUUUCGGACAGGAUCUCCUCGAUUGGAUAGACGCGCUUUUCGGGAAAUUUUACACCUUGGAGUCUAUCUGCAUAGCGAGCGCCGCAGACACUUGCGGUCUUAAUGUAACCAAAUGUUCGAACACCAAUUGGAGCUCUUUGGCGCCGGACCCGAAGAGUCACAUUGGUAAGAUCAACGAAACCACUGGAUCGUUCGAUUUGUGGUAAAGUGCCAUAUACAAUUGCCAUACGUGAAACUUAGUUCAAUUCUUCAAAACUUAGAUAUUCCAAUCUUCAAUAAUUCUACAGAAAGAAAGCAAAAAAAAAAGAUAAUUGUGACAUAAAGCAAUAUCAAAUUGGCACAGCAAACUACGAAAGAUUUCUAGAUAUUUAUUAUUGCCGAGCAGAGACAAUUAGCAGUGGUCGUCCUUGAUCAAUACGAAACAUAUUAAAAACUCAAUUACUGACAAUUGCCUCAACUCUAAUGUACAUACGUUUACUACUGCACUUUUAGUACCCAAUCUUGAACAGUUUAACAAAAUCUGAUAUUGCUUUUUUUUACAUAUUUAUACAAAUAUAUAUAUUACGUUGUGUAAUUAUCGUUUCGAGACCAAUUAACGUUUAUUGUUUUUCCCUUAA